AUGCCUCGCAAAAUCACAGUUGCUGUCGCGCAAGCAAGCACUCAGUCAUCUCUUGCCACUACCUUGGAUGCUUUGCACCGGGUGACCCGCCACGCAGCGGCUCGUGGCGUUCACUUGAUUCUAUUUCCGGAAGCCUACUUGGGUGGCUAUCCGAGGACAUGCGAUUUCGGCACAGCGGUUGGCUUCCGCCAACCUCACGGUCGCGAUCAGUUUCUAGAGUAUUUCAACUCCGCUGUCGAUCUCGGUGACACCCCAGCCGGCGCGGGUGAUGACUGGGUCGAUCGGAAACUCCCUCUCCCGCGGGGUAAGGAUUACCGUGGUGACGGUACUCGUGAGACCCUUGAGAGGAUUGCCCGGGAGACGGGCGUCUUCAUCGCAUGCGGUGUGAUUGAGAGAGCGGGAGGCAGCCUUUACUGCUCUGCUGUUUACGUCGAUCCCCGCGAUGGUAUGCUUGGAAAGAGAAGAAAGGUCAUGCCGACUGCUUCUGAGCGCCUUAUCUGGGCACAGGGCUCGCCGUCCACCCUGAAGGCCAUCACUACCGAGCUCAAUGGCGUCAAGUUGACGAUCGGUGCCGCUAUUUGCUGGGAAAGCUUUAUGCCUAUGCUUCGCCAGAGCCUCUACGCACAAGGUGUCAACAUUUACCUAGCACCUACAGCGGAUAGCCGCGAUACCUGGCUUCCUCUGGUUCGGACCAUUGCUGGCGAAGGCCGCACAUUUGUUCUCACCGCUAACCAAUGCGUGCGGCGCCGUGAGCUUCCUGGUUGGAUUACGGGUACUUCUUCUCAGGAGGCAGUUGAGAAUGGUGACGAAUAUAUCUCGCGGGGUGGAUCUUGUAUCAUCGGCCCUCUUGGGGAGGUGCUCCGCGAGCCGAUCUGGGAAGUCUGCACUGAUGAUGCGGAAAGCCCGGAUGACUUGAAUGAUCCGACUCUCGGAGCCGCUGUUUCUAUCUCGGAGAUUGAUUUGGAUGACUGCGAAAGAGGAAAGCUGGACCUCGAUGUUACCGGGCACUAUUCACGAAACGAUGCCUUUAAGUUGUCCGUCGAGGGUCUAGACCUGAACCCUCCUCCUCUCCAGUCGCGACCAUGCAGUAACUGUGUCCAAGCACAUGCCGCUUGUGUCGCGAGCCAAAAACCGCCAAGGGAGAGUCGAGUCAAUCCGGAGUAUGCACGGGCUCUUGAGGAGCGCAUACUCGAGCUCGAAGCCGAGCGAGAAUCCACCGGACGGAAUACCCGCGCCACCGUUGAACCAUAUGAGAUGUCUUCGUCUGCGAAUGUUUCAGGGACAGCGUCCAUAGUUGAUAGAACCCAGCCGCAGCUGCAGAGGGACACGCCCGCGGAAAACUCACCCAUCGCGGUUAAUCCUCUACACGCUGAAAGCAUCCAAGCUCAGAGCACGCCGUCACUCACCAUCCUCACGCCACCUACACAGCCCUCUCCUACCGGGCUGUCAGUGGGGGCGGUUGAGUACGAUGAGACGGGUAUCUCAACUGUCACCCAGGAUAAGCUCAUUAGAAUUUUCCUAGAACGUGUCAACCCUCGAUACCCCUUCCUCCAUGAAGAAACGUUCACGAGCUGGUACGGGGCAUGGCAAUCUGCGAAACGUUCGAGCCAGCCACUACCGGCUGAAGAGAAAUGGAAGGAAUUCUUUGUGAAGAUGGCUUUUGCGGUAAGCCUGCUGAUUGCUCCACAAGUGUCCCCGGAGGACAUGAGGACUUCGCAGGCUUUAUACUCCUUGGCUAUGCCAUUGCUCGGGAAUGUUUUUUCAUGUCUCGAUCCGGUAUUACAUGUGCAGGCCUAUCUGCUUUGCACAUUGCAUGCUCUCCAUUCCCCAUCGUCACAAACGGUUCUCACAAUGAUCUCCGCUGCUAUGCGUUGUUGCGUGAUCGCACAGCUGCACCUGAACUUGCCGACGAGCAAUGCCCGGGAUGAACCAGCUUUGCUUGACUUACAGAAACGACGUCGCGUGUUCUGGUCCGCCUACGCCAUCGAUCGUCUACUUAGCUGGAUAUACCAUGUUCCCUGCAGCCUCGUUGACGAGAACAUCCAAGUUGAGCCUUUUGCGAACCUGAAUGACGACGAAAUAAAAGCCUGGGCCUCAAGGAGCGAACGGCCGGACGAGACCGAAUCAACGCCUCGUAUAACGCAGGUAUCAUCCGCGUUGCAUCUGCUUCGAGGCAGACGGAUCCAAUCACGAAUUCUCAGCAUCAUGAUGCGCACAGACUACGAAUACCGUUUUGCGGCACAUCACAACUGGCGCUUGCAUAUGCUGGAAGCGCUUGACCAGUGGAAAGUGCAAUUGCAACCUCAUAGCGACCCCGCCUCUGAAGGUUAUACGAGUGAAGGCUGGGUGGGUAUGCUGUAUAACUACACUAUUCUUAUAUUAUAUCGACCGAUCAAAGAGAAUCUCUGUGAAUUCGUUAGCGAGCGCUGUAUCAAAGCAUGCUCCAACAUUCUGCAUACGUUUUGGCUGUAUUUGAAGAGACGCCAGACGGCGCAGCUUUGGCCUGGACUUUUGAGUCAAUUUGGUACAGGAAUAAUCUUACUAUACUGUCUCUGGGCAACACCGCCGACAGAAAGACCGACGUCAUUCCAAUCUUCCGAAAUCACCAAGGCCAUUAGAACAUGCACGGUUAUUCUUGCGGUUCUAUCUGAACGCUGGACACAAGCUGAAAUACUGCGAGACGUAUUUGACCUUCUCGCAGAUUCGGUUCCCGUACAAGGCAUCCCUGGCUGUGUGGAAGGGAAUGGCCUAUCGGCACAGGCGAGGCAAACAAUCAAGUCCCGCUUGCCUAUGCUGCACGUCAUCAUCGUGAACAAGGACAUAUUACGGAUGUUGACGGAGAUGGUAACUGAGGACUAUCCGUGGACUGGUUACAGAGAUGUACCGAAUGUCUACCGAUGGAGCUCUGAAGACAAGCAUGAUGCAAACGGGUGUACAUUGUGCUGGGAGGGUAGGCCUAUGGUAGGAGAGCUAGAUAGCCUUCCUCAGGAGGACUUGGUCUCAAUGGGCCUGUGGCCAUCGCUAUAUGAUGACACAGGGGGAUUGUACACUUCGCCUUCCGGAGGGUAUCCAUCUUUCCCAGGGUUGUUGGGGUCUAUGUAG